CGUCUUUCCCCGCGACAUUUUCCUUCUCCUCAUCCUCCUCAUCCAUCAUCUGACCAGGAACUUUUCCAUCCAAGUUAUAAAUAAAAUAUCUGCCUCCUCGUCCACCACCUCAAGCUCCCUCCCACCACCUCCCUCCUUUUGCUUCUGCAUCGCCUUCUUUCAUCCACGGUCUGGAGUGAACCCCGAUUACUCCCUCAACAUGGCUUCUACUACAACCACCACCACCACCACAACCCCAGCUGUUGCCGCCGCCAAAGAACCUCAGCCCGCCAUGGACUUCCUUCAUCACCCCUACACUCGUGCGGCGCUUCCCUUCGUCAAUGGCGGUCUUGCUGGUAUGACCGCUACUGUAGUCAUUCAGCCCAUUGACAUGAUCAAAGUCCGUUUGCAAUUAGCCGGCGAGGGUGUGCGCACCGGACCUCGACCCUCGGCUUUUGGCGUAGCUCGCGACAUCAUCGCGUCUGGCAAGGUACUCGAUCUUUACACGGGUCUAUCUGCUGGUCUCCUUCGUCAAGCUGUCUACACUACCGCCCGCCUGGGUUUCUUCGACACCUUCAGCAAAAUGCUCAACAAGCGCGCAGAGGCUGCUAACCGUAAGGUCACCUUUGCCGAACGCGCGGGGGCCGGAUUGACUGCUGGUGGUAUUGCAGCCAUGAUUGGUAACCCGGCCGAUUUGGCCCUGGUCCGUAUGCAAUCGGACGGCCUCAAGCCUCCCGCAGCGCGGGCUAACUACCGCUCGGCGCUGGACGCGCUUGUCCGCAUCUCCAAGUCGGAAGGUGUUCCAGCCCUGUGGGCCGGUGCCUUGCCGACCGUUGUGCGCGCGAUGGCCCUCAACGUCGGUCAAUUGACCUUCUUUGCGGAGUCCAAGGCUCAAUUGAAGGCCCACACCAAUUUGUCGGCCCAGAGCCAGACCUUUGCCGCCUCUGCGAUCGCCGGUUUCUUCGCCAGCUUCCUCUCGCUGCCAUUUGACUUUAUCAAGACUCGUCUGCAGAAGCAGCAGAAGGAUCCCUUGACCGGCAAGCUGCCGUACAAGGGCCUGCUGGACUGCGCGCGUAAGGUAGCGCAAGAGGAGGGUUGGUUGCGAUUCUACCGCGGCUUCGGCACCUACUAUGUGCGGAUCGCUCCUCAUGCCAUGGUUACACUGAUUGUCGCCGACUACCUCAACCUCAUCACCAAGUAGUGUGUUCGAGAUGAUUUCCGACGUGGUUUCUUAUUUCCUUAUUUCCUUUUUCUUUUUUCUUUUGAUUCAUAUUUAGGCAUCACUCAAGAAAAUGCCGCGUCCGAACAGAUCAUUCUGUUUCGCCCACACUACUAUAAAUUCCACUCAAUGCCCGAUCGGCAAGCCACACCCGAUCGGGCUGACGGGCUGACGGGCUGACGGACAGAACAGCCACGGGGUUGCAUGCUGUCUGGCACAGAUGCGAUGAUGUGUGACGGCUGUUGACUACGCUCUUUCUUCAUGGCCGGUACCCUGGGUGGAGUUUCUUAUUUGACUGAGCUUUUUCUGUGUAUCUCUUACUAGUUAUAUAUCCCAGGGCGUGCUUAAGGGACCGAGCACAAGGGUAUUGCAGAACAUGAUCAUGAGUAAACACUCAUAUUG